GACGAGCUCUGCCCGCAAAGUGCGCGUGCGGUACGAAAUGUUUACAAAACAAUGCGUUGCCGAGACGGGCUUGCCAGGUUAAAGGUCGUUCUUUCGCUAAGUACACGGCGUUGGUUAGAAUUAAUUAAUUAGACAUGUCCUGCAAUUACGCUGAAGGGCUGUCAAAAUAUGAAAACAAGGGUGUGCUUGGAGUGGCAGAGAUCUUUGAUACUCCCGAACUGGUGGAGGAAAAAUGCGAGCAGCUGGUGAAAAUGAUGCUUGCCUCGAGCCAUACCGUCGUGCACACGGGUGCUGGGAUUAGCACGAGCGCGGGCAUACCGGAUUUCCGCGGCCCCAACGGUGUCUGGACGCUGGAGGAGAAAGGGGAAAAACCCGCUGUUAAUAUUUCGUUCGAUGAUGCCGUGCCUACCCGCACGCACAUGGCUCUGAAGUCGCUCGUAGCCAGUGGUCACGUGCAGUACAUCGUCAGCCAGAAUAUCGACGGUUUGCAUCUGCGGUCAGGGCUUGCGAGGGAACACCUGUCCGAACUGCACGGCAAUAUGUUUUUGGAGGUGUGCACCAAAUGUCGUCGUCAGUACGUACGAAGCAGUCCAGCGCCAACAGUGGGCAAAAAGGAGACCGGAAACAUUUGUCCCGGCACGAGUGCGGAGCGCGCCUGUCGUCGAGGCAAGCUGAUCGAUAACAUCCUAGACUGGGAGCAUGAUCUACCUGAAAAUGAUCUCCAACUGGCAUUUAUGCAUUCCGCGAUGGCAGAUCUUAACAUCUGCCUUGGGACGACAUUGCAAAUCGUGCCGAGCGGUGAUCUACCGCUAAAAAAUCUCAAACACGGAGGACGACUCGUCAUCUGCAAUCUGCAGCCGACCAAGCAUGACAAAAAGGCAGAUUUGAAAAUUUCAACCUACGUUGAUGCGGUGCUUGAACGAGUGGCCAAACGAUUAGGUGUAGAAAUACCUGAGUAUCGGAGGGAAGAAGAUCCAACCAAACGCGAUACGUACAGUGUGCAGUGGAACAUCGAUGGAAAAAUGGUGAAAUCAUUAGAAAAACGGUACGAUAGUACGAUAAAAGAGAAAACCCAGCUAAAGAAGCGAUGUUCCACAUCCAGCAUCGAUCAGGACCGCGAGGAUUUAAAAAGAAACAACAAGAAACUAAAACAAGAACAACGUAGCAAUGCAACAAAUGAAGGAGAUUUAAAUAGUUGAGCGUGGAAUGAAUAAAACUUAAUACUCUUGCUACGGACAAA